CGCGCACGUUAAAUCACACGUACUCGUAUCCAUGCUAAGAUACGCAGAUAUUUCUUAUCCUCCACCUCUUGGCGGAAUAUAUCUUUUAAGCCUUUUUGUUUAUGCCAGUUUUUAAGCUAUUAAACCCAUUUGAUCUCCACUUUUAAAAGCAGAGAUAUUCCCAUUUCCAGAAAGAAAUUUCACAAAUCAAAGCCCGUGCUUUCACUUUCCGACUGCAAAUUCUCGUCCUUUUUUUCUGCUGAAUUCGAUCUGGGCUUUCGUGUCUCUGUGUUGUAUUGAUUGAGUUCAUAACAAAAAAGGGUAUUUUUCUUCAAUGGCUGCGAGCGAUGAAGUUAAUCUUAUUGAGAGCAGGACAGUGGUUCCUCUCAAUACAUGGGUUCUAAUCUCCAACUUCAAACUAGCCUACAAUCUCCUGCGCCGACCCGAUGGAACCUUUAACCGACACUUAGCCGAGUUUCUAGACCGUAAAGUCACUGCAAACGCCAAUCCGGUCGACGGGGUUUUCUCAUUCGACGUCAUUAUCGACCGAAGGAUCAAUCUUCUGAGCAGAGUCUAUAGACCAGCUUAUGCAGAUCAAGAGCAACCUCCUAGUGUUUUAGACCUCGAGAAGCCCGUUGAUGGCGAGAUUGUCCCUGUUAUACUGUUCUUCCAUGGAGGUAGCUUUGCUCAUUCUUCAGCAAACAGCGCGAUUUACGACACUCUCUGUCGCAGGCUUGUCGGUAUAUGCAACUGUGUUGUUGUCUCUGUGAAUUACCGUCGUGCACCUGAGAAUCCUUACCCUUGUGCUUAUGAUGAUGGUUGGAUUGCUCUCAACUGGGUUAACUCGAGGUCUUGGCUUAAAUCCAAGAAAGACUCAAAGGUUCAUAUUUUCUUGGCGGGAGAUAGCUCGGGAGGUAACAUCGUGCAUAACGUGGCUUUAAAAGCGGGUGAAUCGGGAAUCGGCGUUUUGGGAAAUAUUCUGCUUAAUCCUAUGUUUGGAGGGAACGAGAGGACUGAAUCUGAGAAACGUUUGGAUGGGAAGUACUUUGUGACGGUUAGAGACCGUGAUUGGUAUUGGAAAGCGUUUUUACCGGAAGGUGAAGAUAGAGAGCAUCCUGCGUGUAAUCCGUUUAGCUCGAGAGGGAAAAGCUUACGAGGAUUGAGUUUUCCGAAGUCUCUUGUGGUUGUGGCGGGUUUGGAUCUGAUUCAAGAUUGGCAAUUGGCUUACGCAGAAGGACUCAAGAAAGCUGGUCAAGAGGUUAAGCUUAUGCACUUAGAGAAAGCUACUGUUGGGUUUUACCUCUUGCCUAAUAACAGUCACUUCCAUAAUGUCAUGGAUGAGAUUUCCGCGUUUGUAAACGCGGAAAGUUCCGGUUAGUUUAAGAAAAGGAAAGAGGUCAUUUUAACAGAGCCAAGAUAUCUUUCAACUAACAAACAGGCGAAUGUAUUGCCUGUGGAUUCCCUCGUGGCGUUUUGCGGCAGCGUUUGUGACCGUUUAAACGCUGGUUUCUGAAAGGCUUAAAGCCAGUAGAAGAACAGCGAAGCGCGUUCAGAAGACUUUGAAAAGAAACAAAAUGGCAAAGUAGAGUAGUAAUAUCUUUUUUAUAUUUUACUUUGUAAUGUUUGGCUUGUAGCUUUUGGCCUUUACUUAACUAAAAGCUGAUUUUUCAGCAUGGGAGGUGAUAAUUAAAUAAAUUAUAUGUAUAUACUUCAAGAAUGAAUUUUUGUCUAUACAUAUUUGUAGUGAUUUUGAUAGUGUAAGGUUUGUAUUUUGCUUAAUCGAC